CAGGCCUUCAAGGGGCUGAACAAGCUCGUCUACCUCUACCUGUCCAACAAUGACAUCGGCACCAUCAAGCCCGGCGCCUUUGAGGAUCUCACCGAGCUCACCUACCUCCACCUAGACGGGAACCAGAUCAGCGACCUGCCAAAGGGCAUCUUCUCCCCAAUGAUCAACCUCUUUGUUCUGCAGCUCAGCGACAACAAGCUGCGGGAGCUGCGUCAGGGGACCUUCUCGGGCGCCAAAGACCUGCGCUGGCUGCACAUUAGCAACAACGAGCUGACGACGCUGCAUGCGAGCUCUCUGGACGACGUAGAGAACCUCGCCAUACUUCACCUGGAUGGCAACAAGAUGUCCACUUAUCCCAGCGUGGCAAUGAGCAAACUGCGGGUGGUGGAGGAGCUCACGCUGGGGAAGAACCCCAUGAAGACUAUCCCUGACAACGCCUUCCAGAGCUUUGGGCGCUACAUGGAGAAACUACACCUGGACAACAUGGGUCUGGAGAAG